AUGACAUCAGUAAACUCAACCGCCCUCGAGGCGGCGACAGCGGCGGUGGUGACGGGCGCUGCCGGAGCGCGUCAAUCCAGCGCGUUGUCUUCGGCCGUGGCUGUAGCGAGCGAUGUUGCGAAUGCUCACGGCUCAUCGUCAUGGCUGGGCUUCUUCGCGAGGCUCGUGCUCUGGAUCCUUCAGCUGAUCUCUACGGUGCUCUACUAUACCCUCAAGUUGGCCACCAUCUCGGUCCCUACCUUGCUGUACACACUCUUCUCGACUAGUCUGACAGUCACCAUGAACGCCACCACGUUGAUGCUCAUUGUGGCAGCCAUGAUAGCCGCGAUCAGCUGGGUGGUCAGGUAUCGCUAUCUCAACAUGUACUCGCGACUCCCCCCCGAGCCGCAACGCAAGGAGCCCGACGUCGAUCUCUUCCCGGACUCGCACGAGGAGGGUAUCAAGCCCGGCCUGUCUAACUACUUCGACGAGUUUCUGAGCGCCAUCAAGAUCUUUGGUUAUCUAGAACGGCCAGUCUUCCAUGAGCUUACCCGCAGCAUGCAGACGCGGAAGCUCAUCGCCGGAGAAACGUUCAACCUGGAGGAGGAAAAGGGGUUCUGCCUCGUCGUCGACGGCUUGGUGGAAAUCUUUGUGAAGUCGUCGAGCUAUAGUCGCCGCUUCGCACAUAGCCCCAAUCUCGGUCCCAGCAGCGAGGCGCCCUCGAGCGACGAUGAACACUCUGCCCCUGGUCAGCAACCGUACCAGCUGCUGACCGAGGUCCGCAACGGCGCGCCUAUGUCAUCACUCUUUUCCAUCAUGUCGCUCUUCACCGAGGACGUCCCACUGCGGCAGACAGGCGAUGAGAGCCCCGAACCUGGUGCCGCCACUCAGGGCACACUCUUCCCGAGUUAUCCUGCGAGUGCGGAUUUCAGACGGUCACACGUGGCAUCGGACUCCCUCCCGGGCACCCCUCAACUGGACGGCUCCACAGAGAAUCUUCCUGAGCAAGUCACACCCGCAAGCACCGUUCGAGGCCUGCCCCGUGUUCCCCCUAUUUCGCUCGACGGCAACGGCUUCGCUAAGCCCCAAAGGCCAUCCGUCAAGCGGAACAGCACCACCUCAGUUCACCCCGACAUCAUCGCGAGAGCAACAAUAGACACGACUAUAGCGAUCAUCCCAGCCAGCGCGUUUAGACGCCUGAUCAAAAUAUACCCCAAGGCCACUGCGCAUAUUGUUCAUGUUAUUCUGUCCAGAUUUCAGCGAGUCACGCUUGCGACGGCAUACAACUACCUUGGUUUGACGCCCGAGGUCCUGCAGUUAGAGCGUCAGAUGUUGAAGUAUACCACCCAGCAGCUCCCCAACCACCUUCGAGGAGAUGCCCUGGACAGGCUCAAAGAGAAGUUCAAGCGUGAAAGGGAGAGGAUCGGAGAGGAGGAUGUCAGCAAGGGGAUAGCUCUUCACAACGCUCGUGCGGGCCGUCGGCGGCGCUCAACCGCGACGCUCCGAAAAGAGGCCGCGCUACAGGCUUUAUCCAAACAGCGUCACCUGUCCAUGUCUGGUUCGUCCCUGGGCUUCCCAAGCGCUGGUGACCUGGCGACACACUUGCAGCAAUCGAGAGGCAGCGGCAACAGACCGCAGAGCAUGGCGUAUACGGAUGGUCCCUCCGCUCACCUCGACCUGCGUGGAGAAAGCGUGUCUCCUCUAGCCCAGCGCACCUUCAACCCGUUCGCGACUCAGAGAAAAGCGCAUGUUUCGCUGGACAAGAGAGACACGCUGGACGAAGACAACAUGUUCCGGGAGUCGAUCCUCGAGUGCAUGUUCAAAUCCAUCGGCCUGACAGGCCAUGGCGGCUCAAACAAGGACGUAGAGUCAACCCAGGCUUCUCCACGGCUGAUCUCAUUUGACCAGCGGCGUCAAAAGGCUAUGCUGACGACCCAUGCUUUCGGAUUCAUAGAUGGGCUUCCUGAAGGUUCUCUUGACGGCGAUACGGAAUCGAUCACCUCGGCAGGGCUGUCCGUGCCGGCCUCGCCGAACCCGCACACGCUCGCGCAGGAGAUGAGAGACGAGAUGGAGAUUGUUUUCUUCCCUAAAGGUUCCGUGCUGGUGGAACAAGGCGAGAGGAACCCCGGGCUAUACUACGUGAUCGACGGCUUCCUGGAUAUCUGCACAGAGGACGAGACAUCUUCAUCAUCUUCAUCAUCAUCAGAUGUCCUUCACGCUACGGGAAGGACGUCACUGCAUGCGAUGGAUCACGCCCAGUCCCUCUACAGCUCUCAGCGUGUCGCGGCAUCCAUGCGCACAGGCAACAAUGUCAGCGAUGUUGAAAAGAAGCCUCAGCCCAGCCGGCGUAGUGUCGCUUUGAUCAAGCCGGGUGGGCUCGCUGGCUAUGUCGGGACCAUCUCGUCGUACCGGUCUUUCAUCGAGGUCGUGGCCAAGACGGACGUUUAUGUCGGCUUCCUGCCGCUAGCCUCGAUCGAGAGGAUCGUGGACCGAUAUCCCAUUGUGCUCUUGACCAUGGCGAAGCGGCUCACGAAUCUGCUUCCCCGCCUGAUUCUGCACAUUGAUUUUGCUCUGGAGUGGCUCCAGGUCAAUGCCGGUCAGGUUAUAUUCCACGAACGGGAUGAGAGUGAAGCCAUCUACAUCGUCCUGAACGGCCGCCUCAGGUUGGUCGAGGACCGGAAGGACGGUGGGAUGAAUGUCAAAGCCGAGUUUGGCCAAGGCGAGAGCAUCGGAGAGCUAGAGGUACUUACCGAGUCUUCUCGCUCCGGCACUCUGCAUGCCAUCCGGGACACGGAAGUGGUCAAGUUCCCUCGCACGCUGUUCAACAGUCUCGCCCAGGAGCAUCCCAACAUCACCAUCAAGAUCUCCAAGAUCAUCGCAUCCCGCAUGAGGGCGCUGAUCGAUGCUCCUUCGCCCAUGUUGGGCCUCAAGGAGUCGGCCGGGAGAAGCUCGGUGAACAAGAGCUCAACUACGCUCAACCUGCGGACGGUUGCCGUCUUGCCGGUCUCGGCGGGCGUGCCCGUGGUAGAGUUUGGCAACAGACUGCUUAACGCCCUGACAGAGGUCGGCGCUCCCAACGGCGCCACGUCGCUGAAUAGCGCUGCUGUGCUAAAUCACCUCGGAAGGCAUGCAUUCAACAAGAUGGGCAAACUGAAGUUGUCGCACUAUCUGGCGGACCUGGAGGAGAAGUACGGCCUUGUAAUCUAUGUGGCUGAUACCAAUGUCAAUGCUCCCUGGACGCAGACCUGCAUCGCCCAAGCCGACUGUGUCCUCCUGGUCGGCCUGGCCGAUGGCUCUCCCGAGAUCGGCGAGUACGAGCGCUUCAUGCUCGGCAUGAAGUCAACGGCGAGGAAGAUUCUCGUGCUUCUCCAUCAGGAGCGCUACUCGAGCCCCGGACUGACGAGAAGAUGGCUGAAGAACAGGGUGUGGAUCAACGGUGGCCACUUCCACGUGCAGAUGACAUACAGCCCCAACGCCGUGCCGAUCCACCCACCAGCGAAGCCCGGGGGCCCAACACUGAGGGAACGGGUGCAGAUCCUGCAGGCAGAGAUUCAGAAGUACACGUCCCGGAAGGUGCGCCACAGCCCGUUCUACUCUCCAGACGCGCCGUUCAAGGGGGAUUUCCACCGUCUGGCCCGCAGGCUCUGCGGCAAGUCGGUCGGCCUCGUGCUCGGUGGAGGCGGAGCAAGGGGCAUCUCGCACAUCGGCAUCAUCCGCGCCAUGCAGGAAGCAGGCAUCCCGAUCGACAUGGUUGGGGGCACCUCGAUUGGCGCCUUCAUCGGGGCGCUCUACGCGCGCCACGCCGAUUUCGUGCCCAUCGUCAACGCAGCCAAGAAGUUCUCGGGCCGCAUGGCCAGCAUGUGGCGGUUUGCGCUGGACCUGACAUACCCGUCAGCCUCGUACACCACGGGCCACGAAUUCAACCGCGGCAUCUUCAAAGCCUUCGGCAACACGCAGAUCGAGGACUUCUGGCUCGACUACUACUGCAACACCACCAACAUCUCCAAGAGCCGCGCCGAGUUCCACACGAGCGGCUACGCCUGGCGGUACGUGCGCGCGUCCAUGUCGCUGGCCGGCCUGCUCCCGCCGCUCUGCGACGAGGGCAGCAUGCUGCUCGACGGCGGCUACAUCGACAACCUGACCGUGUCGCACAUGAAGUCGCUCGGCUGCGACGUCAUCUUCGCCGUCGACGUCGGCGCCCUCGACGACGACACCCCGCAGGCCUUUGGCGACUCGCUCUCGGGCAUGUGGGCCUUCUUCAACAGGUGGAAUCCCUUCUCGUCGGUGCCGAACCCGCCCACGCUGGCCGAGAUCCAGGCGCGCCUGGCCUAUGUCUCGAGCGUGGACGCGCUGGAGCGGGCCAAGACCAUGCCCGGUUGCAUGUACAUGCGCCCGCCGAUCGACGAGUAUGGCACGCUGGAUUUUGGAAAGUUUAUGGAGAUCUAUGCGGUGGGGUACAAAUACGGGCAGGAGUUCUUGGAGAAGCUGAAGGAGAAGGGCGUGCUGCCCCUGGGGGAGGAAACCGAGGGGAAGAAGGCGCUGCGGAGGACCAGGGCGCCGAGGAGGGCUAGUAUUUAGUGGUCGUUGUGUUGUGUAAGGGGGUGUAGCGGGCUUAAGUAGUAGCUACGUAUGUGCGAGUGAGAUGCCGGCAUUUUUGGGGAGUUUUCAGGUUCUGUUGGUGAGAACUAUCUCUAGGCUAGAUGGCAUCGCAUUAUACCUCCUUAUCCUGUUGGUUGCACCCAUCGUCCUGAGCUUCUCGUGUUGGUGGGCCAUGAAUGAUAUGUGAUUUGGGUAUAUAUAUACAAGCCUAUGCUCUAUGCUCUCUACACGCCGUGCCACGGCAGA